AAUGCUUUUAAAAAUAGCCUCCUGGCUGCCCUGACAGCUCCGGUGGCUGCCGGCCGCACUGAGCUGCCAGACGCGGGGGGAAUAAGCCGACAUGGCCGCGGACCUUGGAGAGCUGCUGGUCCCUUACAUGCCCACCGUCAGGGUGCCCAAGGCCGGGGACAGAGUCUUCAAGAGCGAGUGCGCCUUCUCCUUUGACUCCCCGGAAUCGGAGGGAGGUUUGUACGUGUGCAUGAACACCUUCCUGGGCUUUGGACGAGAACACGUGGAGAGACAUUACCGCAAAACGGGCCAGAGCGUUUACAUGCACCUCAAGCGGCACGUGAAAGAAAAAGCCAGCGGGGCCGCAGGGGGCGCCAUCCCCCGCCGACGCAACGGGAAAGUCUUUCUGGAGUUGGAGCUCAACCGGGAUUUUAACGGCGAGGAGUACGAGUGCGAGGACGAGGCCAAGCUGGUUAUUUUCCCAGACCACUUUGAGAUCCCUUUGCCCAAUAUUGAGGAGUUACCUGCUCUGGUGACCAUCGCCUGUGAUGCGGUGUUGAAUGCAGCCUCUGCCUACAAGAAGCAGGAGCCUGAGACCUGGGAGGAAGACCUGCAGGUGUCCAGGCAUGCCAGGACCCUCACACAGCUGGACAAUGGAGUCCGCAUCCCCCCCAGCGGCUGGAAGUGUGACAAGUGUGAGAUGAGAGACAAUCUGUGGCUCAACCUGACGGACGGCACCGUGCUGUGCGGCAAGUGGUUCUUUGACGGCAGCGGCGGGAACGGCCACGCUCUGGACCACUACAAGGAGACCAAGUACCCACUGGCCGUGAAACUGGACACCAUCACCCCGGAUGGAGCAGAUGUUUAUUCCUUCGAGGAGGAGGAGGCGGUGUUGGAUCCGCACAUGUCGCAGCACUUGUCCCACUAUGGAAUAGACAUGCUCCACAUGCAGAAGAGAACAGAGAACGGCCAGCACACAGACAACAACACCCGGCCGAGGGUCAGCGAGUGGGAGGUGAUCCAGGAGUCGGGCAUGAAACUGAAGGUGGUGUACGGGUCAGGUUACACGGGCAUGAAGAACCUGGGCAACAGCUGCUACCUCAGCACCGUCAUGCAGGUCCUCUUCAGCAUCCCCCACUUCCAGAGGACGUAUGUCGGGAACCUUCAGAGGAUUUUUGACUAUUCACCCCUUGACCCCACGCAGGAUUUUGCCACUCAAAUGGCCAAACUGGGUCACGGGCUCCUCUCAGGCCAGUACUCCAAGCCGCCCGUGAAAUGUGAGCUGAUUGAACAGGUGAUGAAAGAAGAAUACAAGCACCAACAGAAAGGCGUCUCACCUCGGAUGCUGAAGGCCUUGGCCAGCCGGGGACACCCAGAGUUUUCCUCGGACAGACAACAAGACGCCCACGAGUUCCUCAUGCACAUCAUCAACUUGGUGGAGAGGAACAGUAGCAGCUCAGAGAAUCCCAGCGACGCCUUCCGCUUCCUGGUGGAGGAGCGAGUCCAGUGCUGCCAGACCCGCCGGGUGCGAUACAGCCAGAAGGUGGACUACUGCAUCCAGCUGCCGGCACCCAUGGAGGCGGCAACAAAUGCAGAGGAGCUUCUGGCUUACGAGGUGAAGCGGAGAGAAGCCGAGGAGAAGAUGACAGCUCCUCCAGGGCCGGUCAGAGCUCGCAUCCCCUUCAGUGCGUGCCUGCAGGCCCUCACCGAGCCCCACAACGUGCCCGACUUCUGGAGCUCGGCUCUGCAGGCCAAGUCGGCAGGAGUCAAGACGUCACGUUUCGCCUCCUUUCCAGAAUAUCUGAUCGUCCAAAUCAAAAAGUUCACAUUUGGAGUGGACUGGGUGCCGAAGAAACUGGAUUUGGCCAUAGAUGUUCCAGACUUCCUUGAUCUGAGUCGGCUGCGGGCCACAGGACUUCAGGCAGGUGAAGAGGAACUUCCAGACCUUAUGCCGCCCAUUGUGCUGCCCGAGGACACAACAGAUACCUCCAUGAGCUCCUUGGACUCUCCAGAGAUCGACGAGGUGGCGGUGAUGCAGCUGGCGGAGAUGGGCUUCCCGCUGGAGGCCUGCAGGAAGGCCGUCUACUACACGGGCAACAUGGGCCCGGAGAUGGCCUUCAACUGGAUCAUAGCCCACAUGGAGGAGCCCGACUUUGCAGAGCCUCUCCUUCUCCCUUCCAUGCUGGACCCCGCCCCCGAGAUCCUCCUGGGCACCACCCGGCUGGACAACUCGCCCCCCGAGGAGAGCAUCGCCAUCCUCACUUCCAUGGGCUUCCCUCGCACUCACGGCAUCCAGGCACUGCGAGCCACGAACAACAACCUAGAAAGAGCGCUGGACUGGAUCUUCACGCACCCCGAGGAGGAGGAGGAAGAGGAGGAGGAGAGCGAUGCCCUUUCCAACAUGGCCGACACAGAGCCCAACGAGAACGCCUUCUCCAACGCCAACUCGCACAGCGACUCCACGCUGUCCCCAGGCGGGGACACGUCGGUGCCGCGGGUCAAAGACGGACCAGGACGUUAUGAGCUGUUUGCACUCAUCAGCCACAUGGGAGCGUCCACCAUGUCUGGACAUUAUGUUUGUCACAUUAAGAAGGAAGGAAGGUGGGUGAUCUACAACGACCACAAGGUGUGUUUAUCAGAAAGACCUCCAAAAGACUUGGGCUACAUCUACUUUUACCAUCGACUGUCCAGCAGUUAGACAUCAUCUUCAUCUUCAUUUUCAUCUUCAUCUUCAUCAAUGAACUGCUGCCUUUUCACCUGCCUCCGUGGUAACCAUGGCGACACCUCCCUCAGUCAGCCUGCCGCGCCCACGAGGUCAGUGAGGAGCAACUCUGGUCACCAAGGGAAGGAAACGUCUUCUUCGUACGCUUUGCUUCAAAGUGUGUGUGUGUGUGUGUGUGUCCGUGUGUGUGUGUGUGUGUGUGUGUGUGUCUGUGUCUGUGUGUGUGUCUGUGUGUGUAAGAGUGAUGCCUUCAGGUGGCGUCUCAGGUACCUUUUUGUGCAGGUGUGUCUAACAGCACAACACUGCCAACACAUUUGAGUUCUCACAACAAGGAUUUUUUCUUUCAAGCUUUGAAAAGCACAAAUAUUUUGGACACCUGACCAAGUUAUGAAGGGAAUUCAUUGCAGCCUUUUUUUUAAUUUUUUUUUAACCCUGACAGGAUGUUCUCCUUUGCCAUUUUUUUUAGGAACAAUUAUGAAAGAAAGGAAUAAAAGGGUGUUAAGUUCCAGUAUUACUGCAAGUCCACCUGGGAAACAGCGUCCACUGUAGUGGACAUUUAGCCUUUUUAGGUCUAUUUAUUUGGUUUGAAAACAUCUGGGGAAAUAUGUAGUCCACUGUAGUGGACAUUUAGCCUUUUUAGGUCAAUUUCUUCGAUUUAUAAACAUCUGGGGAAAUAUGUAGUCCACUGCAGUGGACAUUUAGCAUGUUUUGGUCUAUUUAUUUGGUUUAAAAACAUCUGGGGAAAUAUGUAGUCCACUGCAGUGGACAUUUAGCCUUUUUAGGUCUAUUUGAUUGGUUUACAAACCUCUGGGUAAAUAUUUAGUCCACUACAGUGGACAUUUUGCCUUUUUAGGUCCAUUUCUUUGAUGUAUUAACAUCUGGGGAAAUAUGUAGUCCACUGCAGUGGACAUUUAGCCUUUUUAGGUCUAUUUAAUUGGUUUACAAACCUCUGGGUGAAUAUUUAGUCCUCUGUAGUGGACAUUUAGCCUUUUUAGGUCCAUUUCUUUGAUUUAUAAACAUCUGGGGAAAUAUUUGGUACACUGCAGUGGACAUUUUGCGUUUUUAAGUCAAUUUCUUUGGUUCAAAAACAUCUGGGGAAAUAUUUAGUCCACUGCAGUGGACAUUUUGCGUUUUUAAGUCAAUUUCUUUGGUUCAAAAACAUCUGGGGAAAUAUUUAGUCCACUGCAGUGGACAUUUUGCCUUUUUAGGUCCAUUUCUUUGAUUUAUUAAUAUCUGAGGAAAUAUUUAGUACACUGAAGUGGACAUUUUGCCUUUUUAAGUUAAUUUUUUUGGUUUACAAACAUCUGGGUAAAUAUGUAGUCCACUACAGUGGACAUUUUGCCUUUUUAGGUCCCUUUCUUUGAUUUAUUAACAUCUGAGGAAAUAUUUAGUCCACUGCAGUGGACAUUUUGCCUUUUUAGGUCUUUCUUUGAUUUAUUAAUAUCUGAGGAAAUAUUUAGUCCACUGUAGUGGACAUUUAGCCUUUUUAGGUCCAUUUCUUUGAUUUACAAACAUCUGGGGAAAUAUUUAGUCCACUGCAGUGGACAUUUAGCAUUUUUAAGUCCAUUUCUUUGAUUUAUAAACAUCUGGGGAAAUAUUUAGUCCACUGCAGUGGACAUUUAGCCUUUUUAAGUCCAUUUCUUUCAUUUAUAAACAUCUGGGGAAAUAUUUAGUCCACUGCAGUGGACAUUUAGCAUGUUUUGGUCCAUUUAUUUGAUUUACAAACAAACUAAUUCCACAUUUUAGGGUAAAUAAAACCCAAAAAACAAAACUGUUAUGCAUAAUACAAAUGUCCACUAGAGUAGACAUUUUGCCUUUUUAGGUCUAUUUCUUUGAUUUAUUAACAUCUGGGGAAAUAUGUAGUCCACUGUAGUGAACUUUUAGCCUUUUUAGGUCCAUUUCUUUGAUUUACAAACAUCUGGGGAAAUAUUUAGUCCACUGCAGUGGACAUUUAGCAUGUUUAGGUCUAUUUAUUUGGUUUAAAAACAUCUGGGGAAAUAUUUAGUCCACUGUAGUGGACAUUUAGCCUUUUUAGGUCUAUUUCUUUGAUUUAUUAACAUCUGAGGAACUAUUUAGUCCAUUGUAGUAGACAUUUAGACGUUUUAAGUCAAUUUCUUUGAUUUACAAACAUCUGGGUAAAUAUUUAGUCCACUGUAGUGGACAUUUAGCCUUUUCAGGUCCAUUUCUUUGAUUUACAAACAUCUGGGGAAAUAUUUAGUACACUGCAGUGGACAUUUAGCCUUUUUAAGUCGAUUUCUUUUAAUUAUAAACAUCUGGGGAAAUAUUUAGUCCACUGCAGUGGACAUUUAGCAUGUUUAGGUCCAUUUAUUUGAUUUACAAACAAACGAGUUACACAUUUUAGGGUAAAAAAAACAAAACCUAAACAAAACUGUUAUGCAUAACACAAAUGUACACUGGAGUGGACAUUUGUGUUAUGCAUAACAAGACUGUCUUUUACCUCAGAUAUUUGUAAAUCAAAGAAAAAUACCUAAAACAAAUGACUUACAAAUUUCAGGGUAAAAAACAUACUACCUAUGGUAGUAUAUAACACAAAUGUCGCAAAAAACAUUUGUGUUUUGCGUAACAGGGCUAUUUUUCCUCCGAUAUCUGUAAAUCAAAGAACAAUUCUUAAAAAUCAUAUGUUUAACAAACAUAACUGUUAGGCAUAACAGAAAUGUCCACUGCAGUGGACAUUAUGCCUAACAGGGCUAUUUACCCCCGGACAUUUGUAAAUCAAAAACCUUAAAGUAAAUAUUAAAACGAACAAAUUAGUUACAAAUGUCCGGUUAAAAAAACAAAAACACAAACCAUUUCAGUGAACAUUUGUAUUUUGCAUUAUAAAGCUAUUUUUCCCCAGAUAUUUGUAAAUCAAAGAAACAGACCUGACAACAAAUGUUAAAACAAACAAAAGAGUUACGCAUUUCAGGGUUUAAAAAAAAAAAAAAAAAAAGUCCACUCCAGUGGACAUUUAUGUGUUACAUAACAGGGCUCUUUUCCCAGAUAUUUGUAAAUCAAAGAAAUGUACCCUAAAAAUUAAACAAACAAAUGAUUUACAAA